GGUUCUUCUGACCCUCCCCCGCCCCCUGGUGAGGACAUCAGCCUCGCGGGGUCUCCAUUCCGCCUUUUGACUCCAGGUGGAGUGUCCGUCCAACUUUCCCCAGGCCGGAGACGACUCGAAGCCGGGUCCCUCCAUGGCUGUGACUGCGCCGCGCGGGACGUGAGCGUGCACAGGGCCGGCCUCCCCGCAACCCCGCUUGGCCCGGCCCGCAGAUGUCGCUGCCCCUUCGGCUGCCCUACUGCUCUCCCGCGCGGCGGCUGCUCUUGUUCCCUUACUUCCGCGCUCCUGUCACUCCUCCGCCGUCCCCAGCCUGUUCUCUGGAGCCCGACUCCGAUCCCGAAGGCGGCAGUCCGGAGAGCUACACGGAGGAGGACGCCUGGCUCUGUGCGAGCAGCCACUGGGGGCCCGUGUUGAAGGGCAGCGUGGGCACCGUCCCGCAGAGCUGGGCGUGGCCGGGCCCUCCGAACGCCCCGCAAGCCCCGCAAGCCCGGCACCGACCUCCUCCCACCGCGGUCCCGGUUUCUCCCGCGGCCACCUCCCCCAGCGCGAUGUUUUGGAGCCCGCAGUCCAUCCGCCCCCCGAUGCUGGGCCGCCCCCGGCCCUCAGUGGCGCAGGGCCUUCGGCGAGCCAAGGAACGCCAGCCUGGAACAGCAAGCGCCGGCGGGAAGGAGCCAGAGAUCGGGUUGAGCAGCCAGAAUGAGCGGCGCUUGAGGAGCGUGGAAGGGCCCACGCCAGCUCUCCCAGUUCCCCGAACUUUGUCCAUCAGAGGGGUCACUACUGGUCGGGGCAUGUCACCGGUGAAGAGAAGUGGGAAGCUGAGCAAGCCUGCCAGUGCCUUGCCAGAAAAAUAUCAGGGAAGGUGCAGGAGAAUGACCCUGGAAUUCAAAGGAGUUGAAAAGCCCAGAUGAAUUCUGAUGAAGUUGCAUUAAAGAAUCCUAAAGCAAUAGAGCUUUUUAUACCUCCCUACCCCCUCAGAGAGGAAGACCAGAAUGUGAAGUAAUUGAAGUGGAAUAAAACAUUAUCGGC